GUGAAUGUGAGACUACUAGCGAUACAGGCACUUCAGAACCCUCUCGGGAUAGCUCUGCAGCCCCUAAACAUCUAAAGCGCUCACUAUCCUUCGACAGUAAUAGUAAUAUUCAACAACAGCCUGAAGCGAAAAUUAAUACAAAUCCUCUAAUUGAGAGUAAUAAGUAUAGUGAUACCGGAAACCAAAUUGUUGUAAUUGAAAAACAGUUGAUUGAGAUCUUAAAGAAAUUGCCACCUGUAACACUUUCCAAAGCCAUUGAAUUACAGUGCACAGCAGAGUUAGUACCAUGUACUUGUAAAGUAAUUGAAACAUCUCAAACUAAUAACGACUCUGACGAGGUGAAAGGAGGAGAGCCCACAAAACAAAAUGAACAGACACCGAACUAUCAUGAAAGCUUUCUAAGCGAGGACGUGGAUAAAUUUGCUAUUAAGAUUGAAGCUAAUGCUGGCAAUACUUUUAAAUCCGAUGAGUACGUUUUAAAGCCUAUGUCACCGAAUUCUCCAUUGCCACCAACUGUUCCGAAACCGAAACCUAAGAAAUCAAUAUUUGAUCUUGAUUUUGAUGAAGAUGAGGAUCCACUGCCUAAAAUAAAAGCGGAAGCCGCUGCUGCUAGUUUGAAAAAAGAACAGGAAAGCAUUGCAGAAGCCGAACCAGAACCAGAAAUUAUUGAAACAAAGGAUAGCGAUUUCCAACAGUCACAAUUACUCAAUUUUAAAGUGCCCGUUGUUGAACACACUCAACUGAAUGACGAAAAACCUAUGCCUAUCCUUCCUACGUAUGAAGUAGUAGAGGAUCCCAAGUGUGUGGCAAUGCAACGUUUUGACUUACAAACCCAAAGAAUUACACAAUUUCACAUCGAUGCCUUACAUAAUUGCUUCAUACCGAAUGUUAAUGGUAAUUGGGAUGAUGCUAAUUAUAAUAUUGCGCUGAACUUGGCACUGAAUGAUGUUACCACAGCAGUCGACGUCGAACAUAUUUAUGUAGUAACAGAUGGUAGCAAUGUUGUACCAAAGUACGGUGUUCUUGCAACGGAACGCAUACCUAAAGAUUUAAGCCAUAUACAUUUCUUUGAAACCUCCAGUCCUAAAAAGGCAGCAACGACUCCAAAAAUGUUUACUAUACCAUUUUUAGGUGUAGCUCGUUCAGUGUUAUUAAAUAAAUUUAAACAUAAAUCGGACAAACGUAAAAUAUGCCGUAAAGUAACUGGCACUGAAUCAACCAAACUUGCGUCUCGAAAUGAUGGCUGUGCGGUGGAACAGUUUGACGAUAAUGAAAGAAUUGAAGAGUACAAGACUGAUGAACACGGAAUUUGUAUCAGCAUCAAUACAGAAAACAGUCAAACGGCAUCGGGAAAUUAUAAUCUGGCAGAUGACGCUAAGUUAAAGGAAUCUGAAGGUUUAACACAUAUUUGCGACCAGUUAAAUGAUGCAGUGCUUAGUUUGACAAAAAGUUUCGACGUAGCAGCUGGUGCUAUUGUAAGCAAAAAUAACAAUAACAAUGUCAUGCUUAAAGACAUAACUAUUGAUGUAGUCGGUCACGACACUGACCUAUUUCUGACAGAUUCAAAUGAGUUAAAUGGGAGUGAUCGGAAUGGGCAAAAUCUACUUGCUAUUGCUGAUCAUUUAGAUUAUAGCUCGAACAUAGGAACGAAAACGCCAUUGAAUGUGUACAGUGACAUAGAACCAAAACAAAUUUCAAAACAACUACGGGAAUAUAAUAAUAUCAACUCCACAGUCGUAACAAUUAGUGAUUCUAGUUGCAAAUUAGAAGGCAGUUUAUUCCCUAACGCGAUGCUGCCUAUGGACACCGCAGAAAAAGCAAAAAAUGCAACCAAUGAUAAAAAUGCAUAUAGUCGACACAGCAGCAGCUGUAGUAACUCAACUUUGAAACAAACCCAACAGUCGAUUAGCUUCAAAUUGAAACGUCAGUUUAAGGAUCAAAGGAUUUUGCACGUAAACACCGAAAGGAGAAGUAAACGCAGAAGAAUUAUACCAAGAUCAGUAGCUGAUAAUGUUAACGUUGGCAGCGCUAGUCAGAAAAAUAAACGACCAAGAAUCAAACGGAUAAAAAUUGCAAUAAACGGUAAAGUAGCAACUCAAAUGCAAUUCUCAGGUGGGAGCAGCAAUAAUAGCAGUGAUGAAGACAAUGAGGAAUCACCUAUAGAAGGUAACGGCGAUGGGAAUGAAGGAACUCCCAUUGAGGUUCGAAAUAAAAGUGCACAGAAGGUUACUGCCAAAAAUGAAGAAUUUGCGUCAAUAACUAGUCCAGGCAGCCACAUUUCGACAUACAAUCAGUGUAAUUUAGGAAGUGGCUAUGACGAGAUUAUUGCGAAUUCAGUUGAAAACAACUGUAGUGAUGAACAAGAAAUGGAGUACGAUUGUUGUGAAGACCUAGAUGUUGAUGGUGAUGUAGAGUUCGAUGAAUAUGAAGACAUUGAUGAUUAUAGUGGUGAUUUUCACGAAGUUGUCACACGGGAUAUAUCGGCGCCUUCAACUGGCAAUAACCAUAUAGUACUAACUAUUAAAAAAACUCCUAGUAAAACUAAUUCUCCCUCAAAUUCUCUUUCUGCCAUUUCUCCAACUUUCGCUAGCAGUAAUACGUACGGUUCUCGCGCAUCAGCUAUAACAAUAUCACCCAUUAUAUCCAAUACAACUUUUGUACAAACUAAAAAUAAUAACAGAGGUUUAGACAUGCAUGAGCUUAUUGUCAAAGAGCUAGAGGUUUGCGAAGGUAUAAAUAAUCGAUUAACAUCAGAAGUUUUAGAAACAACUGAUGUAUCGUCAAUUGAAGAAAUUCGUCCACAACUUCAAUCCGAGGUUCCGGUAGACACACAUCCAACUAUUCCAACGUCGAUUAUACAAAAAUGCGGUGGUAUUAAGAUGUUUGAAGACCCAGAAAAUAGCCCUUCUGCACCAAUAACUAAGAAUAUAUGUUUAAAAAAACGGAAACAACACAGAAGACGUAAGAUUAAGAAGAAUACAAAGGAAGCUUUAGAUUGUUUGCAAGAUGUAAAACUUCAUCGUGACCUAUUUUUCUCUCAUGAACUUAUUAUAUCUGAUGCAGCAGGGAUUAAGCAAAGUAUUCUAAAUUUCAGCAGCUGUAGCUCAAGCUGUGCCAAUGAUAGCGAAUAUGAUCAUUGUAACGACUUAGAAGAUAACAUAAGUUUUGAUGCCGAUGUAAAGUCUAAUGGCACCGCUAAUUCUGAAAUUGGCAUUCAAUUAGAAUCACUUAAAAGAGAAUCAUACGAACAUCAGCGAAAUUGUAGUCUGUCGGCAUCACCUUUUACAAUUUAUUCCAGUUGCUCCUCAUGCGAUUUGUCAACAGAAAAUGUAGUUAUAAGUGAAGUCUGCGGCGUAAUGGCCGAUAAUGUCUCGGCUGAUGCCCUGAAUGUCAAAAAUAAUACCGGUAUUAAAGGAGGCAAUAUUCAUGGAGUUAAAAUUGUAGAUGAAGAGGACGGUGCAGACAACGAUGAAUUUAUGCUGUCUGUAAAUACUGCUAUCUCGAAGGCGAAUAGUCUUCUUGCGUUUACUGAUUCUACUGGUAGUAAUAUAGAAGAUAAUGUCAACGAAGAAUUGCCUUUAGAAAACAACGGACUAUUGUACUCUUUUAACAAUAUUUGUUACGAUGGUCGUGCUACUGUUGCAGAAAAACAACAAGAGCAAAUGCUCGCAAAUAAAAAUUGUGAUGAUUAUAAUAACAUUUAUAAUAAAAACAGUAAUAACAUUAAUUUAAUUAGUAACUAUAUUAAAGAUCCUUGUUUAAAAACUCAAAUUAAUCUUAGUAAACAACCCGGUAAUGGUAAUGAAUUUAAAGAGCAAAAUUAUUUAAACAUUCAUGACGAUUCCAAUCUUAAUACUGAUGCUGCUUUAAAUAUUAAUACAAAACAACAAUUUAAUGACGAUGUCAGACAUCUUGGUUGCACAAGUCUGCGCGUUGUGGACGAGGAUGCAGAUGAGGAAGAUGGGAAUAAUUAUGCCCGGACUCAACAAUUUAAAGAGUGGCAUCAAGUUCUACAAUUGCGUUCCUACAAUGAUGAAUUGCUUACUGUACUACCGUACGUAGUUCUCGAUUGAGUUUAACGGAUUUUCACUCUUCUAUGCAUAUGUUUUUCGGCCUGCGUUUGUUAAAUAUAAAUAAUAAAUAUAAUAAACUAUGAUAAAUAAAA